AUGGCGGUCGAGAAGGCCGAGCCGAUGGACGCUGUGCCAAGGCACUCACCGCAACCACCGGCGCGGGUCAGGCACCCGAUGGUGGAGGCAAACAUAGGUGAGUCACCCCGCGGUUCCCGCCCGAAGCGAGAUUCUUCCCGCCCGCCUCGCCUUUCCCGAAUCGCAGCGCGGUAUCGCGCCCAGCUCGACGCGAAGCUCUCGCACCUCGCCGACCUGCAGGCCCGAUGGAACGCCCAGGGCGUCUUCGACGUCGUCAAGGCGCUCCGCCGAGACUUUGGGGACACGGGCGACGACGAUCAGAAAAAGUCCGACGAGGAUGACGCCGAGCGGCGCAAGCCGAGGGAACCGUGGAUUCAGCACGAGAAGGAGAGCGUCCGCAAGGCGCUCUUACUGUUCGGGCUCGGGCGGUGGGCCAAGCUGAGGAUGGCGCUGAAACCGGCGUCGAGGCCCAGGCACGAUUCGCACGACGUGCAACUGGCGACCUGGGACCUGGUGAGGGCCAUGCACCGAAGGCUGGAACCGGACUCGCCGGAGGCCAAGUACCUCGCGGAUAGGCUCCGGCGGGAAUCCCCGGGCGGCGAACGCCUCCCCGCGGAUCCCAUCGUCGGUUCGUGGAACCUGGGCUCGCGCGGUAAGCUGAACGCCGCGAACUGCAGGGUGUGGACGAGGCGCAUCCGAAUGCUCGAGAUGAUCAACAGGUCCGUGGAGAGGCUGUUAGCGGAGGAGACCCAGGAUGCGGCGAUCGAGUUGGCGGGCGCGUGCCCUCUCCCCGCGUCGGACGUCAAGCGGAGUCUACCCGCGUGGUGGGACGGCGCGUGCGAUUUUUCCCUGCUGUACGGCGUGUACCGGCACGGCUUCGGCAACUUCAACGCCGUGCGAUCGGAUCCUUGGACGGCGGCGGUGGCGACGGAGGCUGCGCGGGCAAAGGGCGGCGCCGCGGCCGUUGCCGAGCUUCGCGACUCCAUCGAGGCGAUCGACGAGUGCCAGAAGUUGUACGCGCAGGCGAGGGAGGAGCACGGCGCGAGGAUCUCGGAGCAGGGCGCGAGGGCGGCCCGGAAGGGUCCGGAUGGAGGAUCGAAGGGGGAGACGAAGGAGGAGGAGGAGGAGGAGGAGGAGGCAAAGGAAGGUUCCGCGGAAGAGGACGGCGACGACGGCGACGGCGACGACGAGGGCGAGGGCGACGAUGACGACGCCGGUAACAACGUCCCGGCGGUGGGCGGCGAUAAGUCGGAGCUGGUCGCCGCCAAGGAGCGCGUCGAGAGGAUCCACGAGGGUGAAAACGCGUGGCCGCGGACGGAGGACCUCACCGAUCGGGUGCGGCGGGUCGCCAAGGAGCUCGGCGCCCCCAACGCGCUCAAACCCUCGGACCCGCCGUGGGUGCAGGCGAUGCUGGGCCACCCGCGGCGCGUACCCAAGCCCCCGAUGUCUUUAGCGGAGCGCGCCGCGAGGGACCAAAAGAGGGGAGAGUCGAGGGCGAGAGCGGCGGAGACGGAAAGCGCCAGGGAGGAAUUCGCCGACGCGAUGAUGCGCGGGGACUGGGACGCCCUCGGGAAAAACGGCGCCGCCGCGAGCGUUACCUCGCUGCUCUGCGCGGACCACGAAAAGUUCGACGCGGACGAGGGAAAAAACCCCGAGGCGGACGAGCUGGUUCGGUCGACGGCGGCGGCGCUGAAGGAGAAGGGGAUAUCCAACCGCGAGAGGAAGGACGUGGUGAAGGCGCUGAUGGCCCGCGGUUUGCCGAGGCUCGACGAUAACUCCCCCGAUUGGAUCGAGCUCUCCACGGCGUCGGGCGUCGGGCGCGGCGCCGAGGACGUGCAAGCGAUGUUUUACUCGAUCGCCGUGGAGAUGAAGACGCUCGAAGCCCGGACGGAUGCCACCGGGGUCAAGGCGAGCAAGAAACACUCGGCGACGUGCAAGUGCAUCGUCUGCCGCAUCCGCAAGGAGAAGAAGAACGCGGAAGACCCGUCGAAGGUGACCUGGAAGGACGCGGUGAAGACCAUGAAGGAGGAGCCGGGGAACACGGCCGAAGCCCAAACCGCGGCGAGCGACCCCACGGCCAACGGACAACACCACGACGGCGACGACGAGGAAGAUCACGACGGCGACGGCGACGACGAGGAAGAUCACGACGGCGACGACGGGAACGACGGGGACGAAGACGACGACGCCAAGGACGGCGGAGAGGGUGAGAAGACGGAGGUUGGCGAGGAUCGCGCGGCGAAACCGGGUAAGAGCCGCCGCGCGUCCGUCUGCCCCUUCGGUUUGCUCACCCACGUGACGGCGAAUCGACUUCGAGAGCGCCUGGACAUCAUGCAGACGCUCCGGAUGUGCCUCGAGAAAUCCGGCGGGAAGAUGACGCGCUUACCGAUGCCCUCCAUCAAGACUGGGGAGUUGCCGGUGUGGUGGACGUCCGGCGUGCACGACGUGGCCAUCCUUCGCGCGGCGUUGAAGCACGGAUGCGACAAGUGGGAUGACCUCGCCGGAGACGCCGAGUUUGCCGGGGUGUUCGGCAAGUCGAGGCCGGUGCCCAAGGCGCCGCUGUGCUUCCGCAUCGUGCGGAUCGCCUCUCGCUACCUGCGACGGGGGUAUCUGGGGCUCGGUAAGCACACCAAGAGGAAGAAGGCGUGA